UAUCCAACACCUUGUAUUAUUCCACCAUGGUCAAGACUAUACAAGAAAACACCUCACAACAAAAAAAGAAACAAAGCACUGAGCAGAAUAAAUGUGGUAUCUGCAAGUGGGUCCUGGGCAGUUUUGUAUUGAUCACAGUGAUUGCUGCUGUGUUGAUCUACGACACGAAUUUAAAUGGGAAAGGUGUGUUUGAACAUUCAGCUACUGGGAAAGUCUUGAAGAAUGCCGGAGUGUUACCGCAUGUGGAAAAAGCAUGGUACAUGUCAAUGGGAGCUGCAGCACGUGGUUACAAAUGGGCCGAACUCCAUUUGCCACCAUACGCGAAGACUGCUGGCCAGCUGGUAUGUGAUGUCUUCAAAUUGUCACGCAAUGCCGCCUGUAAUAUAUAUGGUGUGCUCUCAGAUUUGGCAGCGUCUAAACUACCUGUUGCUGCAAAAUUUCACGAACAAUAUGUUCCUGGUUUCUCUAAAAGAAUCGGCGACACUUCAUUAGCAGUCAAAAAUGUUUGUGUGGAAGUGUUUGGAAAGACAGUAUUCUUCUUUAAGACACAGGUUUUCAGUGACCGCUUUUCUCCCGAAAACCUUAGCAAAGUUGCGAAUCAGACUCGCAAUGCUGCACUCGAAUACUAUAUGCAAUUCCAUAAAAAGGUUGAUACUUAUUCAAAAUUGAAAUGAUUUUGAGAACAAAUACAAAUAUGUACAUACAUAAAGGCGAUCAUUUCACCAAUUCAAUCCAACUCGACAGAACACCUCCACUAAGACCGAUGCCAAUCACCCAACAGUCAAAACGAUUGCACGGCAAAUCAUGCCACCAAAAUAUUUUUGAGUGCUGUUAAGACAACUUUUUAUCUCAUCAUGAAUAUGUUGAGGUGAACCUUACAAAUUGUUUGGUGACUACCAAAAAUGAAGCGAAUAACUGAAAAUUCACUGUACUAAAUCUAUCUUGCAUUUAAGACUUAUUUAUCUACUUUGAUAUAUUCCAUUACAUUUUUUUUUUGUUUUGCGAAAACAAAACGGGCACUCAAAGUUAGUAUAUAUGUGCAUAUAUACAUAUAUGUAUGUAUAUUAAUGUAACCAUUUUGUUAGGGUGCAUGAAGUUGUGGCAUACUAUUCCAGUUUGAAUAAAAUUUUAGUCGAUUGAUAAAAAAAAUA